AUGACUCAACGUUUAGUCAACGACCACCGGCUUGUUGUUGGCAAAGAGAACGUUCUGGAGUUAUUGAAUAUCCUUCAUCCAGCGGAGGGUAAGUUAAGAACAAGGCGUAGGCUAAAAUGGAGGCGAUACAUAACCAAGGGGCCCAAUCAUUUGUGGCACAUAGAUGGCUAUGAUAAAUUGAAGCCGUUUGGUUUUUGUAUCCACGGAGCCAUCCAUGGAUUUAGUUGGUGAUUUUUAUGGCUUGACGUUGGAUACACCAACAAUGAUCCUACCGUUAUUUCUCGGUACUUUGUUGACUGUGUCCGGCAACUUGGAGGAACUGCAAAGGUUAGAAGAGCUGAUUGUGGAACUGAGAAUGGAUAUGUUGCAGCGGUGCAAAGGCGAGAUGGCGAAGAUGAUUGAGCGGGGGAUGACAGUUCCAUCUGUUAAAAAUGAGAUUUUUAACCAUCGAAUCGAGGCCUAGUGGAGUAUACUGGGAAAAGACUGUACCAGAUGGUGGAAGACAUGAGGAGCUGCUGUCUUUAUCAUGACAAUGACUGUACUGAAGAGUGUCUGAAGUUUUGUUUCAAGCUUAGAUUGCGAGUUGAACUUCAUCGGGAAACAGGACUGUGGAAUCUCCAUCGAAUUCGACCUUUAACAAACUUAAAACCCCCAUCUGGGAGGCCUCAUGUACCAUUCUUUUUCCCGGAAGUGUCCGGUAUAAGGAACUAUACGGUGGACGUCGACUUGGACGAAUUGUAUCUUGCAGAGGAGAGAUGCUGCUAUCGACCUCCGCAAAGUGGUUGC